GUCAGGAACUGCAAAAACGAAGAGCGACUUUGCCUUUGGGAAAAGUUUUAAAUGAUUUCUCACACAGUUAUAUGCUAAGAUUUUUUUGCGUCUGCACAUACUUCAUUGAGACAAGCAUAAUACCUUAUGUAGUUAGAAGUAAUGGUGUUUUGAUGAAAUUUCUGCAACAGCGUCUUUCUUCUUAAAGCAGUAUGGGGAUGUCAAAGCUGGAAGUCAAUUUGCAGCGACUGCUGUUGCACUGUGAUGAGCUAGCAAGGGAAGACAAGAAAGACUGGAGACUUGAUAAGUAUAUUUUAGCCCUUGAUGAGAUGAUUUCAAGUCUUCAGAAGUUGCCCAACAAACCAAAUAAGGACACCAUGGCCGAAUACGUCAGAAGAGUUGUGUUCUUAAAGGGCAUAGCAGAAACCAAUAAACUGAAUAAUCCCGUGGAAAAAGUAGUCGCUGCACAGUUACUCCCACAUGGCACAGCAACAGCAUCAGAAACAAUAAUUAAAGAAAUACAUCAAAAGACUACCUCUAAAUAUAAUAAAGAAUUGCGAGAACAGCUUUUACAAACAGAAAAAGGAACAGAUAGUGACAUCAGACAGAGAAAGCCAAAAACAUCUGGAAAAGAUUUGGGCGAUUUGUUAAAAUUACAUCAUUCAAUGCAGGAGAAAAUUGCCGAAGACAUGAUCAGCUUGGCUCGAAAUUUGAAACAACAAUCCCAGGUUGCCAGUAGCAUUAUUAACAAGGAUAAUGAGGUAUUAAGCAAAUCAUCUACACAAACAGAUAAAAAUAUAACUAGAUUGAAAGCUGAAUCUGAAAGACUACAAGAAUAUAGUCGAAGAGCUUGGAAAUGCUGGCUUUGGCUCAUGGUAGCAGUGGCAGUGAUGAUAUUCUUUGGUAUGUUACUGUUUAUAAGGGUAACAAAGAAAUGAAAAGUGGAAAAUAGAAUCAACAAUGCCAUGAAAAAUUGUAUGUUUUGUAUUUAUAUUUUAUGUUAAAAUACUUUAUAAUAAAGGUUGAUGCUGUUUUA